CUUUCUUUAAAUAACGAUUAACCAAGUAGAGGUUAAAAACCUAUAGGAAUUUCGUCCUGUCUAUUUACUGUCUCCUGGAAUGCGCAGCUGAAGUCCCGAAGCUGGCCCAGGUGGCCAGGGCAGGUCCUACCGUGGGGUCCUACUAAGGCGGAAGGGCGCUACCAGCAAUAGCAUAGCAUCUGAAGAUGUCCUACCUUCUCCCCCACUUGCACAGUGGCUAUGCUGUCGACCAGGCCAUCCUAGCUGAGGAGGACCGGGUGGUGAUUAUCCGCUUUGGACACGACUGGGAGGCCAACUGUAUGCAGAUGGACGAAGUGCUGGCAUCCGUCUCAGACCAGAUAAAGAACUUCGCGGUCAUCUUCUUGGUGGAUAUCACCGAAGUUCCCGACUUCAACACCAUGUAUGAGCUGUACGACCCUUGCACAAUAAUGUUCUUCUUCAGGAACAAGCACAUUAUGAUUGAUCUGGGGACGGGUAACAACAACAAAAUUAACUGGGCCAUGACGGAUAAGCAGGAGUUCAUUGAUAUCGUCGAGGUGGUGUACCGCGGGGCGCGGAAGGGGCGUGGUCUGGUGGUGUCUCCCAAGGACUAUUCCACGAAGUACCGGUACUAGGCGAGGGGAUCAUCCCCGGUGGCUUGUUCCAUUUGGGUCAUCAUUUCGUACCGCUGUCUAUUGGAAGGAGGGAAGGGGAGCAGGGAUUGUGUUUGUUGCUGAGCGCAGGUGGGAAUUGCAGCGGGGUGAGUGUGGUUGGUACGGUGGUCCUUGGUGCUGGAAUGUUUCCUUUCGCGCUCUGGUAACACUACGAACUAUCUGGUUGUGUUGCAUCUACGUAGGACUAUUUGUCCGGACAAAGGUUGCGGCUCCUGUUAACGGUCAGUAGAAAGGGGUUCUUAAUGCGGCUGCACGGGCUGUCCCCGGCUGUGUCUUUAGCGGGUGUCAUUCAUGGUGCAUAUGACCUGCAAGCAGUUGUUAGAUAGCGAAGUAGCAGGGUAGCACCCGUUCGCUUGGUAAGUUCUGGACCCGUGGGCCGUGCUAUCUCCACCUCGCGGUUUGCGUUAAUAUGACAGAACCAGCAUUCGCGUGGAAAAUGCGUGACCGUGGCCUCUGUAAAUGCUAUCACUGAAACUUAGCUAGUGCGGUUGACGUCAGCGACAGGCACGGGUACGCUGCGCAAAGUCUACCCUAAUGAACGCGCUUGAAGCUUCAUUGUUUACAUGUCCUUGUCAUCAUUCUCUUCAGCAACGUUUGCGGCGUAUAGUGGACCGGGGCGUUAACUUGCUUUGCGUAGAAGCAGAGUUCUAUCCCUCUUCGUUUCUCUGUAAAUCUCUAUAUGGCAUCCUUUUAUAACCUGAUACGUGCUUAGAAGGGGACAUGUACUCCAACCGGCUAUACGGGCAUUCUCAUGGGUUGUUCAUGGGCCCUCCAUCCAUCAACUCAGACAUUUCGCAAGAAAGACGGUAAACAGCGAACUGUGAACAAUAGAGGUAGCUUUUAAAACAUAGGCACAGUCCUCUGUGAAGGUUGCUUGCACGCGUGAUCUUCCCUGCGUUUUUGGUCCUGCGGUUGCUAAACUUCGUGCGUAGCGUGAGCUGCCAUCCUUAGUUCAGUAGUCGUCUCAGCCGGAGGCUUCGCAGCCAAGCAGGCGGAGCAGCUGCAGGCGGAGAGGCCGCUGCCACGGAAACAGGAGGAGAUGGUGGCGGGCCAGUAGGGCGUGAGCGGAGUAACGCGAAAGCACGCCAAGCAGCAUGUCCAGCAUGGCGUCUUCCUCGGCCUCCUCGGAAUGGCAGUUCUUACAAUGCUUUGGAGAGCGGACACCGGGCGAGGACAUUCAGGAGGCCGACAUCAUCUCAGCCGUCGAGUUCGACUACGAUGGCCUGCACCUUGCCACGGGAGACCGAGGUGGCAGGGUUGUGCUUUUCGAAAGGGUCAACCCGCAUGUGAGGACGGUGGGCAUGGACGCUCGGGCACCUCCACCCUUGCCGCGUGGGGCAUCGUUUGAGUACCGUUACAUGACGGAGUUCCAGUCGCACGAGCCUGAGUUCGACUACCUGAAAUCGCUGGAAAUUGAGGAGAAAAUCAACAAAGUUAGGUGGUGCCGCAGCUCUAACAACACCCGGAUGCUGCUGUCUACCAACGACAAGACCGUGAAGCUAUGGAAGGUCUACGAGAAGAAGGUUUCCUGCCUGUCGAAUUUUAACUUGGAGGGCAGGAACAAUGCAACGGCUGGAUCGCCUCGGCCAAACGCUCUCGCGAACAGCCCUGUGUCGCUGCGCUUAUCUCAGCCACUUCGGCUGCCACGGGUAACCAGCACGGAGGUCCUCUUAGCGGCUCGCUGCAAGCGGGUGUUCGCUAACGCGCACACAUACCACAUCAACUCGAUCUCAGUGAACAGCGACCAGCAGACGUUCUUGUCAGCGGACGACUUGAGAAUAAACCUUUGGAACCUUGAGAUUACGGAGCAGAGCUUCAACAUUGUGGACAUUAAGCCGGCGAACAUGGAGGACCUUACGGAGGUGAUCACGUCGGCGGAGUUCCACCCCCAGCACUGCAACGUAUUUGCAUAUAGCAGCUCGAAGGGCUGCAUUCGGUUGGCGGACAUGCGCAAUGCUGCGCUUUGCGACCGCCACACUAAAGCGUUCGAGGAGCAGGAGUCCCAGGCCAACAAGUCUUUCUUCUCGGAGAUUAUUGCAAGCAUCUCGGACAUCACGUUCAGCCGGGAUGGGAGGUAUAUCCUCAGCAGGGACUACAUGACGCUAAAGCUGUGGGACCUAGCGAAGGAGAACGCUCCCGUGGCCACGUACAACGUGCACGAGCACCUGCGCGCGCGGUUGUGUGACCUGUACGAGAACGACUCCAUUUUCGACAAGUUCGACUGCUGCAUGAGUGGGCGCGGGGACGCGAUUGCUACGGGCUCGUACAACAACCUCUUCCGCGUGUUUGGCGCCUGGAACGGCACGGACCUUACGCUGGAGGCAUCGCGGGAUCCCAUGCGGAAGCGCCUCCAAGCGCCCGCUAAGACGAACCGCUUUGCCAUCCGCAACAAGAACGGGCCAAGCAAGGGGGGCCGCGCUGCGGAGCAGUCUGAGUCGGGAACGGACUACGCCUCGAAGCUGCUGCAUCUUGCAUGGCACCCGGAGGCGAACGUUGUGGCCGCGGCGGCCUCGAACUCGCUCUACAUGUACUGCGCUUAGUCCAGCAUUGCGUGCUGGUGCGCCGUCACGGAACAAUGCAUGGUGCACCUUCGGAGCUGAGACUUCAAUAUGCGGGAUGGCGGAGCUGCACAGGCCGUUGCGAUGUCGCUGCGCUGACGCCCAUAUCGUUGCAACAGUAGCAGCGGGGCGUGAGGGGGAGGACGGUGCCAGCCCGUCGGUCCCCGGUGUACAUACCUGGCGCAUGCGUCGUUUACCACAUGCGCAUUGGGCUUUCACCGCACGCUGGCGCUAGACAGGAGGGGUAUGGGUGCGCGUUUUGGCGGGCGUUUGCCGGCCUGUUGCCAGCGCAUGCAAAUGGGCAUUCGUGCCCUUAGGAUUACGUGUGCAUGGUUAGGUUCACGUGUAUGGGGCUUUUAGAGCGUGUAGCGCGCAUGUCGGCUCGUCUUCGGCUUGGCGUCGCUGUUGGGCUUUUAGAGCGAGCGUGUGUUGUGGACUGUUAUCCGGUUAGAACAGACGGGCUUCUGGUGUAUCUUUGCAGCGUUGGCUUGUGUUCAGAUUAUUAUGGUGGCGAAGCGCAGCGCUAUGUGCAUCUCUCGUGGAUAGGCGUACAUGAAAGUCGAUAAAAACAUCAUGGGAAGUGCGGUGCUUGCGGCAAAUCAUAUACCCACUCCUCGCGUGGCGGCAGCCCUGAAAAACAAGGACUGCCUGGUUUGCGUGCGACGGGGACUCGCAUCACCUUUGGGCCAUACAGCCCCAACUCUGAUGAACACAAAACGGUAUAGGGUUUCAUUUGUAAGGUCACGGUCUGUUUAUGCCUCCCAGGACGCUGCACCGGAGGUGGUGGGAGCAUGCGUGCAAAGGGACACUAGUGCCAUUGGUUCAGGACUAACUGUAAGUCUGUAACCCUUGCUUGGCAUGUCCGUUGAAGCUGGAGCAAUUGAGUGUUGCGUUACCCGGUGUUGAGAUGAUGACCGGUCAGUGGCCGCUCAGGGUUGCAUGGAUACGGUGGUGGUUAGGCUAAUACGUCAUAAGGGCCAACAACAGGCCAUCUGGCAAUUGUGCAAAGAUCCCAACACUUUCCGACCAAGCAGCCCAAGUGUACGGGAGUAGGCUGCAGACCUGGCAAUUUGUGCUACACACUUUCCGGGGCCUAGGCCCACGUCCCUUUGCUACACCCCGGGGCCCAGGCCUGCAAACCCACAGUCCAAUGGCGAGUUGCGCUCACCUGCAUACCUACCUGUACUGCAAUCAUUCAAACCCAUGACGCCUAUCGUACCUAUCAGCAAUCCUUCAGGCAAAAGCUUUAUUUUGGCAUGAAGAUUGCCCUCAACCUUGGCAAACUGGCAUCGCCGCAAGACAAAAUGGCUGGUGAAGUUGAAGUUCGGGCUUUCGCCCUCAUGAUCACUGCGAGAGUCGCUUACGUUGCCUACUUGAUAUGGCUAUUUGCGCCCGAGCCUUUCCUCCACAGCUUGGGGAUCACCUACUACCCCACAAAGUACUGGGCGCUUGCGGCCCCCGCCUGGCUGACAUUGGCUGUCGUGUGGGGAUUCUGGCUCUACGAAGGGCUAAACAUGGCGACUGUGCCUCACCUGACUGACCGACGGCAGCUUGAAGAUUCCAAGAAUAAGACACCGGAACAAGUCGGACUGCGGGGCUAUGAACACCCCACCGUUCAUUCAGUCCCACCCCUUUGCCACAUUCCUCCUGAUAUUGUCAGCCGGGCUCUGUUUGCACACAGUAAUGACGACGACUAGGACUGCGUCGACAAUCCAACGCAGCCCAAUAGCAAGCACGCCUGGUAAGCACAUCACUUAU